AGUCAUCUUGAUUUCUGAAAUAUCAAUACCACCCACCAAACAUACCCACCACACAAUGGUUCGAGUCCUGACUUUUAUUGUUGCUUCCUUCUGUGCUGCGUCUGCGGUUAUGGCUUCUCCAUUACCUCAGAUACACACCAUCUCAUAUGAACCUACCAACACCCGAUUAGACGCAUUAUUCCUCAGGCCUGAGCCAGGUUGGGAGAAGCGCUCCGAGGCUGCUACUUCCUCCACUUCACGCCUGGAUUCGUUGUUCCUGAGACCCGAACCAGGGUGGGAGAGACGCUCUGUGGCUUAUGGCGAUGCAUCUCCCACAAGGGAAACAACACUUCGCAUUCCCCCUAUGCCUACUACCGCACCUUGACGAGCCAGGGUAAUCGUAUUGUCCAGGCGGGUCCUUGAGCGCCGCGCGCAGACCGUUCCCUCAACUAUCAACUAUACAAGAAUAUAGCGAUAUAAUCAGCAAUAGAACACUUAGACUGACAACCACUUACUAUACUAUACCAUACCAUACCAUACCAUACUGUGUAGCAUAUAUUUAUUAUUGUACUUACGCAUAGCAGUUUCGGCGCACUUGCGAGACAGGAGGCGAUUUAACUGGUAAAGGGCAAUAGUUUAUACACUAUAUUAUCAUUAAAUUAAA